GCAGCGAAAGCCUGAUCACAUCUUUAAGCAUUUACUGCUGGUUGCACUUAAAAUAUAGUUAGGUUAGCAUUGGGACUCUGCGAAGCAGGUUGUCGUUUCCAUUAAAACGGGUGUUUACAUUGGUCCUGGGGUUUUGAAAGUGUUUCCUCGUCACAAGAAAAGUGUAUUUUGUUUACUAUAGGAUGCUCACAUUGUUAGCUAUCUGGCAACUCUGCAAAACUGUUACACUGGUACUUGGCAAUGUAAAUACUGUCUAAUGGUGAUCUAAAAGACCUUUCACCAGGAUGAAUGUUUUCAGCAAAGGAGAUUUGUGGUGGAGGUUACUGGCGUUCUUAUGUUUCUGGGCUGGGAUACUUCCAAAAAGCAGCGCCUGCCCCAAGUCAUGUGCUUGUUACGUUGAGACUGAAGUGCAUUGUACAUUUAGAUAUUUGACAUCCAUACCUAAGGAAAUUCAGCCAAACGUGGAGCGCAUCAACCUGGGUUUCUGGGAAGUUACUGGAUUAGCAGCACAGGAGACUGAAGACUUCUGUAUUUAUCCACACUGUAAGGUUAACACAGGCAGUGGCAAGAUCCUGAAGAUGAGUUACAACAAAGUCAAAGAACUGAACAAGUACACUUUCUUUGGUCUUCAAAGCCUAAUAAGACUCCAAAUGGAUCACAACAACAUUGAGUUUAUUAACCCUGAAGCCUUCUACAGGCUUACAUCAUUAAAACUGGUUCACCUGGAAGGGAAUGCGAUCCAACAGCUUCACCCUGAUACCUUUGUUACCCUGCGUUACAUUCAGUUCUUCAAAACAUCUUCCAUCAAAAACAUUUACCUCUCAGACAACGCCCUGAGCAGCCUACCAUCUGAAAUCUUUUCUUAUGCUCCAGACCUCGAGAGCGUCUAUCUACAUGGAAAUCCGUGGGCCUGUCACUGUGACAUGGAAUGGUUUGUGAAAUGGAUUGAAGAGAAACCAGGAGUGCUGAAGUGCAAACGAGACAGAUCAUAUGCUAACGGUUUUCAGUGUCCCAUAUGUGAAACACCUGUUGCAUCUAAAGGCAAAGAUAUGUCACAUCUUCCCUUGUCAGCCUUGGCCUGCUUCAAACCUGCAAUAGAUCCUCACCUUAAACAGAAGAAUAUUUCCUUAGAUGAAGGAGACUUCACUCCAGUUUCUUCCAAUGACUUCAUUCAACCAAUUGGAUCUAUAGUCCUGAAUAUGACAGAUCAGUCAGAGAAUGAUGCAAGUGUGGUCUGCUCUGUCCAAAGACCCAGGGCAUUGAAAGGAGUAUACUUAGACAAGAAGGAUGACGUCACAUUUUUAAAUGCAUCUUUCUCCACGUAUUUGGUUUGUAAUAUUGACUAUGAACACAUCCAGCAGCUCUGGAGGAUACUGGCCAUGUACAGUGACUUACCAAUGACACUUUCAAGAGGUUUGAUGCUUACUAAAACACCAUAUAUAAGUUACAAGUAUCAACAGAAAGAAGAUGACGAAGAAGCUGCCUUUAGUGGCAUAGAAGCAGAAGUCAAAGCAGAUCCUAUAUGGCUGAUGCAAGGACAGUUUACGUUGCAAUUAGACAGGACAACGACUACAUUCAAUACACUUCAUAUCAAAUAUACAAGUGACAUUCAAAUGAACAUCGAAAAUAAACCCCACAAAUACACUUGGGCCAUGAUAAAGAAAGAUAACACGACAAAAACAGAGCACUCAGUUUUGAUAGGUGGCACAGCGGAACUGGACUGCCAAGCCUUUGGGGAACCCAAGCCUGCAAUUGAAUGGAUUAUGCCUGAUGGUAGCAAAGUGCGUGCACCAUAUAGUAGCGAAGACAGGAGGAUUAUAAUUACUACAUCUGGCAGAUUUACAUUAAAGGCAGUGGACACUUCUGAGACAGGAUUGUAUCGCUGUAUAGCAACAAAUUACCUAGAUGCAGAUGUGCUUGCCUUUAGGAUUACCAUUUUGAAUCCAUAUGUGGAAGAGAUAGAUGUCAAUGGUGCUCAGAUGUCCAGAGCUCUUGGAGAAAGUCUGUUCCUUCCAUGUGGAUCUGUUGGCAUCCCUGAAGCAUCUAUUAACUGGAUAUUACCAGAUCAUACUGUGCUAGACAAGUCAUUAGGAAAUAAAAAACUUUAUCAAAAUGGCACAUUAGGAAUUCAGGGGAUAACUGAAAGAGACCAUGGUUUUUAUAGAUGCCUUGCAUCAAAUCACUAUGGAGUUGACAUUUUGUCUUCCAAAAUAUUGCUUGCAGACAUUCCUAGCCGGGAAACUACAUCAAAGGUGGAUAAUAAGUAUCUAUCAGAAGAAGGUGAGGGGUCAGGAAAUGAGGCUGAUUCUGUCUCAGAGCAAACCCAAACAGACUAUAAGGAACUAUCUCCAAGCGCGUCCCUUAAAACCAGGCAAGAAUCUAGAACUUUAACUUCAAACAGUGUGUAUCCUACACAAAGGAAAAAACAAGACAGGACUUCAAUGCAUAGGAAAAAUGGCUUGUCAAGCAAUAGGAGAGUCUGGGGAAACAGGAGGACAUUUAAUAAUUCAGCCAGGAAAGUAGAUCCUCAGCGCUUUGCACAAUUCAUGGCAAAAGCUAAUAAUAAUAAAGCAGCCCAAAGUCAAAAUAAAAAAAUGACAGACAAGCCAUCUACAAAGAGCUAUUCAAACUUAUCAGGGGAUGGAGAAGAAACCUCAGGAGAGGUCUUAGCUGAGGAUGAGCUUUUAAUAAUUACAACAAAGAUGCCCAGCAGUGUUUUAACUACCAUAGAAACUAAUUCUGAGGAGACAACUGUUGUGUAUCCUGAAACACAUGAACAGUCCUUAGAGAUGCCAAGCACCCCUGUGACAAUGAAUAGUCAUGGAAAUGCGAAUAAUGCACAUACUUCUUCAAAGCCAAAGUCGUACACAACAACACCAUACACGACAACAACAUACACAACAACACCAUACACAACUGUCAUUCCUAAAGUAAAUAAAUUAUAUACAUAUGGGAAAAUCAAUGAAAGACCCUUAUCUCAACCUGCCACAGUGGAACCUAUAAUAAUAGACUCCCGCUCUCAAAUGCAAUCAGCAUUUUCAGGUGGACCAAAUGAAUAUCUCAAAACCUCAACUUCUGUUCAGCCUUUAUUAAGUAGAAAGGCACAUAAUAUAGCAAUACCACAAAUAACUAUUGCAAAACCUGGACCUUUGCCAGAUACUCCAGUUAAAGUUUCAACAGAAUCUAGUCAACAAAAAUCCAUUACAGCCAUCACAACUGCUCAAGGUGAACGAGACGAGAUAACGUUUCAUACCACGCAGAAGAUAACAUCCCCUCGACUGCCUGCAGGAUCUACUAUCAUCUCCCAUCAACAAAUUCAGAUUAUUAGAGGUGAGACUUCGAAUCCUUCUGUAAGUAAGCAGCGUACUGGCAAAAUAAGAAAGUUCCCUGGUAGGCGUAGAAUUUUCAGACCAAACAAAAUUCCAGAUAUACAUGCAUACUUGCAUAAAUUUGUGAAACCAAACAAAGGUUCCGCAAUAUCUGAAAAAGACAAUGCUGCCACUCCUAUAUCCAUAGAGCUAACUACAAAAUGCGAGUAUCAUAUAACCAAUGCUCCACUGGGGAUUGUUGAACCAGGUCCUGAAAAAACUGGAACCAAUACCACUGAAGCUAGCAGUCAAGCUAAAGAUCUUAUCAGUGCGGUCAAACCCUCAACAAAAAUUGAUAGUCAGUAUAAUUCUGCAUACAAUAAAUCUAGGCAUUCGGUAGGUUUAGGUAAACAAACACCUACAGUCACUUCACAAACAGGGUUUAGGAUACCCUUAAUUCAGGCUGCCACUAAAGACUUCUUGGUGACCACAAAAAUGACAACUACUACCAAACCUACAACUACCAAACCAAAAGAACCACAAAGAUCACUUAUAGCUCCUACCUUUGCUUCACCUGACCGACCCAAAGAACCUGUUAUGACGUCAGUCAGUCCCAGCAAAGCUGACAGACUCUACACCACCACCACCCAAGCUACCACAGCAUCCUCUAAGGUUAUUCAAGGGAAAAUUCCUUGGAAUAAACUUUUUGGUAACAGACAUAGUCAAAAGGAACUGCUUAAGAGAUUGCGCAAACCAAUACGGCCAGUGACUACCACAAAAAUGACACCAGCAAAAACCACCAUUACCACAGCACCAGCAAAAAUGACAAUCACUCUGCCCACAAGUGAGGCCCUAGUCCUACCCUUUACAACUUUGACGACAGCUAUUGACCAGACUGCAGUCAUUGAGUCUUCAGCAACCUCCUCAGAUUAUGAUUCCGGGUCUUCUUUUACCACUGAAAGUCAACCAUCAAUUAAAGUCCAAGCCCCGCCUUUGAUAACUUUGUCUCCUGUUCAAUCUUCACCUUUCUUGCCUGAAUACACUUUGGGGGUUCCAACAACUACUGAAACACCACCAGCAACUGGGAUCCUAGCUUCACCUUCACCAACAAUGCCAGGAGCUAUUGAUCAUACUACUGUGAUUCAAUCCGUGGCUUCCUUGCCUUAUAAUUCUCUUGGGCCUUCUAUGACUACAGAAAUACAGCCGGCAACCAGAGUCAUUGCUUCACCUUUGUCAAAGACUGUAGUCAUGGAGUCUUCAGCAACCUCAUCUGACUUUUCUUCAGGGUCUUCUACCACUGAAGAACAGACAGUCUUAGACCUGCUCCCAGCUGUUACCUCUGUAAAGACUACCGCUGCAAUACCCAAGCCCAAAACAUUUAUUUUCAGUAGUACAACAGCUAGCAGCCCACCCAAAACCACUUCAACCACCACCAGAAAGCAAGUUGUACAUUUUAGAAGAAAGGGACUUCGCCGCCAAAGACCAAAUAAAAAGACAGUAAUGACCCAACACACCACAGCAGUUUCAUUCAGGAAAAAAGAGGCUCCCACCACAAUGAAAACUACCACCAGCAGCAUCACAUCUCCUGAGGCAUAUUUUACUACAACUACUGUGAAACCUACAACUAAAAUCAAAACUACAACUAAAGUCCAAACAACAACUUCUACCAAGUCUACAACAACUACUACCAAACCUACUACAACUACCAAACCUACUACUACAACUACCAAACCUACAACAACAACUACCAAACCUACUACUACAACUACCAAACCUACAACAACAACUACCAAACCUACUACUACAACUACCAAACCUACUACUACAACUACCAAACCUACAACAACAACUACCAAACCUACUACUACAACUACCAAACCUACAACAACAACUACCAAACCUACAACAACUACUACUAAACAUACAACAACUACUAAAUCUACAACAACUACUAUCAAAACAACAAGUGCUCUUGAAACUACAACUCGUGCUGUCAAAACUAUUUUAGGAAUCCCAUCCACUAAAGCAACAAAAACCACACAAAGUUCACACUUUAUAAAACCCAGGCCAAAUCAAUUUACAACUUCUUUUAUAGAAACAAAAUCUCUUGAUGGAAGUGGGAGUUAUUUCCCUCUGUCAAAUAUACAGAAACCCAGUCCUUCCCAGCCAACAAAAGUGACGCCAUGGUGGACUAGCAGGUUCUGGCAGAAACCACUUCCUGAGGCCACAGACAGAGGAAAGACUUUAACUAUUAACACGCUGACGAUACUAAAGGCCCCUCAGAGGUACACAAAAGCCCCACCUACCUUUAGCAGUGACAUUGAAAAUGCGAUAGGUAAUGGAUAUGAGAAACACACUGAAUUAGAAGCAUCAACUUCUAAUUUCAUAGCCAUGGACCCUUUGCCAAAGAACCAUCCAUCAAAGCCCAGAAUAGUGGGUGGGAAUGCAGCUAGCUUCACCGUUCUUUCCAACUCUGAUGCCUUUAUACCAUGUGAAGCUUCAGGAAAUCCUUUUCCUACAACAACCUGGACCAAAGUUUCUUCAGGUACAAAACUGACUAUGAAGGCCAAACGGGGGAACAGAUUUGAAGUUUUUAAGAACGGUACAUUGUCUAUCCAGAAUGUAAAUGUUCAGGACCGUGGACAGUACCUUUGUACAGCAGAAAACCAGCAUGGAUCUGACAAACUUCUUGUAACACUGUCUGUAGUGGCUUAUCCUUCACGAAUCCUGGAGCCCAAACUGAGAGAAAUGAAAUCUCAUUCUGGAAACACUGUGAUAAUAAAAUGCAAAGCAGAAGGAAGACCACCGCCUAUUAUUUCAUGGAUUCUUGCAAACAAAACGUUUGUCAGGGGUCCUGUUUCAGAAAACAGCAGAGUUUCAGUGGAUUCGGAUGGGACUUUGACCAUUAAGGAUGUUAGCGUGUACGACAGAGGACAUUACAAAUGUGUGGCAAGCAACCCAGCUGGAGCUGAUACAGCCACAAUCAGACUGCAGGUAGUAGCUGCACCCCCUGUUAUUACAGAAGAAAAACGACAACAUGUGAAAGGAGAGAUAGGUCAAUACUUGAGGCUGCCCUGUACAGCCAAGGGAAAUCCUCAGCCCACAGUGCGGUGGGUUCUGUUUGAUGGAACUGAAGUUAAACCUUUGCAGUAUGUCAAUGCAAAACUGUUUGCAUUUGCUAACGGGACUCUUUACAUCAAAAACUUAGCCACUUCUGACAGCGGAAACUACGAAUGUAUUGCUACAAGUUCGACUGGCUCAGAAAGAAGGGUGGUUAAUUUGAUAGUGGAGCAGGUGGAGACUGUGCCCAAAAUAGUGACUGCAUCGGAUCGAAGAACUGACCUUAAUUAUGGAGACAGAUUAUUGCUAAACUGCUCAGCUGUCGGAGAACCCACACCUCGAAUCAUUUGGAGAUUACCCUCAAAAGCUAUUGUAGACCAGUGGCACAGGAUGGGAAACCGGAUCCAUGUGCAUCUUAAUGGCACCUUAGUUAUCGAUUCUGUCAGUGAGAAAGAUGCCGGGGACUACCUCUGUGUUGCCAGGAACAAAAUCGGUGAUGAUCUUCUGCUAAUGAAAGCCACUGUGGCAAUGAAGCCUGCAAAGAUUGAAUACAAGCAAUUCAUAAAAAAACAAGUGCCAUACGGAGAUGACCUGAAAGUAGACUGCAAAGCUUCUGGAGCCCCUGAACCUGAGAUAACAUGGGGCUUGCCGGAUGGUACAAUGGUAAACAGUGUGCUGCAGGCUGACGACAGUGGCACCAGGAGGCGCCGCUACGUUCUCUUUCAUAACGGAACCCUGUACCUAAGCAAGGUCGGGGUAGCCGAAGAAGGAGACUACACUUGUUAUGCAGAAAAUACACUUGGGAAAGACGAGAUGAAGGUCCACGUCACUAUUGUGACAGCAGCUCCUCGCAUCCGGACCACUGCCCCUACAUUUGCGAAAGUGGAAGCAGGGGGAAAGGUGAUGUUCAACUGUGAGGCGGUGGGAGAGCCCAAGCCAAAGAUAACGUGGCUCUUACCAUCUAAUAACAUGAUUGCAGCUUCAAAUGACAGGCAUCUGAUGCAUGUAAAUGGCUCGCUGGCUAUCAGGAAUCUCAAGGUGACAGAUUCUGGUGAAUAUCUGUGUGUAGCCCGAAGCACUGCGGGCGAUGACACAAAGGUCUUCAAGCUUGAGGUCAGUGCUAAUCCCCCAAUUAUAAAUGAAUUUCACAGAAACAAAACCAUUGUUAAAGACAGUGCAGUGAAACACACAAAAAAGCUAAUUGACUGCAAGGCUGAGGGAACUCCAACGCCACAAGUCAUGUGGAUUAUACCAGACAAUAUUUUUUUAACAGCACCAUACUAUGGCAGUAGAAUAAUCGUACACAGGAAUGGCACAUUGGAAAUUCGCAACGUCAGAGUGACGGACACGGCUGAGUUUGUAUGUGUAGCUCGUAAUGACGGAGGAGAGACUGUCAUGGUGGUGCAGUUGGAGGUUACCAACAUGUUGAGAAGACCCAUGUUCAAGAACCCAUUUAAUGAGAAAGUAAUGACAAGAACUGGUAAGACCACUAUCUUAAAUUGUUCUGCUGAUGGAUACCCUCCACCAGAAAUGAUUUGGCUUCUGCCUAAUGGGACAAGGUUUACCAGCAGUCAAAAGAUUACAAAGUACCAACUGGGAAGCGAUGGCACUCUUAUCAUUUACAACCCCAGUAAGAGCGAUGUUGGGAAGUACAGGUGUGCUGCCAGGAACAAGGUUGGCUAUAUUGAAAAACUAAUUGUUCUAGAGGUUGGUCAGAAGCCGUACAUCCUUACUCAACCAAAAGGGCUCAUUAGAGGUAUAGGUGGACAUCCUCUUUUCCUUCACUGUCUCUCUGAGGGCAGUCCCAAACCUAAAAUCAGCUGGACAGUUCCAGGUGGAUACGUGUUGUCUAGACCUCAGAUAAACGGGAAGUAUAUUCUUCUCGAAAACGGAACUCUUGUUAUUCAAGAGGCCGGUGUUCACGACAGAGGGAAUUACAUUUGCAAGGCAUACAAUGACGAUGGGGAGGCUACAAUAACAGUGCCUGUGAUAAUCAUAGGCUACCCACCUCGCAUAACCAGCGGGGCACCACAAAGUGUGCACACGAGGGCCGGGGCAGCUGUUCAUCUUAACUGCGUGGCAAUUGGGAUUCCCAAACCUGAAAUCACAUGGGAGCUGCCCGAUCGCUCAGUACUUUCAACAGCUGGCAAAGGCCGUCCCACUGGCAGUGAGCUUCUACACCCACAGGGAACGCUGGUCAUCCAGAAACCAAGCGUAUCGGAUUCAGGAACAUACAAGUGCUUAGCCAAGAAUCAUUUUGGCACAGAUUCAAAAAUAACAUAUAUUCAAGUUGCAUAAUAAAAAUACAAAAACACCACAGUACAAAAGAAUGUUUCUUGUUUCUCUAAAUAUUUGUUUCAGUGUCUUUAUCAAUAACAGAUAUUUCUGGUGGACCAUAUUUAUUAUUAUUAUUUUUACUUUUUGUACUUUAGCAAGCAGUAGCCAAAACAAAAGACAUCUUACUUUGAGUUGUGUGGCAGCCUUGAAAAAAGUGAGCUGUUUUCUUAGUUGUCAUUUAAGGUCAAGAGAAUAUAGCCUGCAAGUGAAAUCGCACACAGAAAGAUAUGUUAUGUUUUCAACAUAGCCAGAGCUACUGCUACAUUUCUGAAAUGAUUUUGUGGAAAGUUACAUGGUCUGGUGAAGCCACACAGAAAGCAGCAUUGCAAAGCAUAUUACCAAAAAUAUGUUUCAAAUAAAAAAAAAAAAAGAGUGACUUGUGGACAAUUUUGUAAAUACAUCAUGGAGUAUAUUACUGUACCCUUUAUUACUGUUUGUAUAGCAUUUUUACAGCAUUAAAACAUCCUCUGGUAGAAAUCAGUGAGCAUUGUGUUUUGAAUGAUCAUGUAUAAUGGAGGAUUUUGUCUUUUCAAAUAUUACACUGGAUUGUCUUCUUAUAACCAGAACUGUUUACUUAUAUUCACCUUUAUAAGCAAUACAAAAAAAAAACUACAUGUAAAGAAAUUAAUUUGCUCCAGUUUGAUUAUGCCUGCCUUAAUUGGAGUAAUGUAUUUGCAUUGUUUUAUACAUUGUUUGGCACAGAUGUAAAAUAAUAUUAUUCUUAUUGUACAUGUUUAA